AGCUGAGCAAUUUCACCCCGUUCUGCGCUUCCACUUUGACAAAACAAAUUUGCGAAAGGUGAAAAGUUCAAGCUGGGUCAAAACGCGCGGGAGGGGGAAUGAAGCUAAAUAAGGCAAAAUAAAGCAAAAUAAACAGGGAGGGGUCUUCUUCCAUUUUGACUCAUUUCUUCUAACCGCGACUGAUGCGUAAAGGGGGAAAAAAUGAAAAGCAAAUGUUCAGUCUUUAAACGGUUUACGCUUGCGCGGAUUAUUGCAUUUGUGCAGGACAGUUGUGGCAUGUUCCGUUUGACGACUGUCUCGAAGUAGGGUACUUGGAAGCAGGUACUUACUUCCCACUCAUUGCGCUUAUCUUGUAAGGGGCAGGCGGAAUGGGCGGCCACGGAGGGCUAAACAUCCUGCCGCAGAAAAAGUGGAACGUUUACAGGAAGGAUUUGCAGUUUAAAGUGAAUUAUGACGAAAACAAACUUAUAAAGGAAGAAGAGAAAAAAGUGAGAAAAAAAAAUGAGGAGGCAUUUGAAAACGCCAUCAGCCAGCUGAAGCAGAACGCGCAUCAACGCAGCGCGCAUCAGAGCAUCGCGCACCGAGGCGAUGCCUGGCAAAAGGACAACCAAAAUGGGGGGACCAACCGCUGUGGACACAUUAACCUAUUUGCAGAAGAGGAAAAAGAAAUAAAUGAAAGGAACAAAAAGCAUGAAGAAUUUUUAAUCAAAAAGGGACACUACAUUUAUAAUGAUAGAAAUUUUAAUGGAGAAAAUUGUAUCUAUGACAAAACAAGCAAUGCAAAAAUCGUUUCAGAUUUUGACAAAAUUAAGCUAAGUCAAAAUGAGUGGUAUUUGAGGAGGCAGAGCAGCAUCUUUGCGAAUGCGAAUCAAUUGGAGAAGCUAAAGGGGGGAAAUGCGGAUGACCCUUUUUGUGAGAAGGCCCACCAGAGACAAACUGACCAUCUGCGGGGGAGCGACUCGUCGGAAAGUGACGCGCACCGGCACGGGAAAAGGUCAAAACGUCGAGAUAGCAAAAGGGAAAAGGAGAAGGAGAAGGAGAAAAAGAAAAAGAAGUAUGACCAUAUCAAGAAACUUAUAAAAUAUAAGAAAGACAAGGAGAAAAGGGAAAGGAAGAAAAGCCGCAAAAAGUGA